ACUUAGCGACCGCAGUGCCCGCUCGUAUCGCUCCGCAAGGAGAGGAAGUGCUCGUAGACCAAUCACAUCUGUGUUUACACCGUCACCUGUCAAACACCUCUGCUACAUUUCUCUCUGAAAGGAGCUGAAACACACACUCACACUGAAGCGCCUUCGGUAGCCGCUAACUGGACGGACUCUCUGGCAAUUGACCUUUUGCAGUGGAAAAGUGGAAUAAGUCUUGGACCAUGAGCUCAGUGGCUGUGUUGACCCCGGAGAGCUUCGCCGAGCAUCGCAGCGGUCUCAAAGAUCAGGAGAUUACAGGUUGCGUCCCGGAGGAUGAGGCCUACAUUCCCACCUAUCUGGAGGCCUUCCCUCCGCUGCCGGAGAAAGGCGCUCCGGGGGAAAAGACGGGGGAGCCGGCUUUGCCAUGGGGGAGCAAGAUCCGCCCUAUCAAGGCCUCAGUUAUCACCCAGGUGUUUCAUGUCCCCCUGGAGGAGCGGCGCUACAAGGACAACAGCCAGUUUGGGGAAGGAGAGGAGGCCAAGGUGUGCCUGGACAUCAUGCAGCGGACUGGAGCACACAUUGAGCUGUCCCUGGCUAAGGACCAGGGCCUGUCCAUCAUGGUUACUGGCAAACUGGAUUCGGUUAUGAAGGCUCGCAAGGAAAUCGUAGCCCGCCUGCAGACGCAGGCGUCGGCUACGGUCGCCAUUCCCAAGGAGCAUCACCGCUUUGUCAUCGGUAAGAACGGUGAGAAGCUGCAGGAGCUGGAGCUGAAGACCGCCACCAAGAUCGCUAUUCCACGACCCGACGACCCCAGCGCCAACAUCCGCAUCACCGGCACCAAGGAGGGCAUCGAGAAGGCUCGCCACGAGAUCCUCCUGAUCUCAGCAGAGCAGGAUAAGCGUGCGGUGGAGCGCCUUUCCCUGGAGAAAGCCUUCCACCCCUUCAUCGCCGGCGCCCACAACAGGCUGGUGCAGGAACUGAGCCAGGAGACCGGCGCCCGCAUCAGCAUCCCGCCGCCGAGCCUGCCGAAGGACGAGAUCGUCAUCACCGGAGAGAAGGAGGCGGUCGCUCUGGCCGUCAAUCGCAUCCGAGCCAUCUACGAAGACAAGAAGAGGAAGACCACGACGAUCUCGGUGGAGGUGAAGAAGUCCCAGCACAAAUACAUCAUCGGCCCAAAGGGCAACACUCUGCAGGAGAUCCUGGAGGCCACCGGGGUGUCGGUGGAGAUGCCUCCGCUGGACUCCGCCUCAGAGACCAUCAUCCUCAGAGGGGAGCCGGACAAACUGGGACCAGCUCUCACACAGGUCUACGCCAAGGCAAAGAGCGUGAUGGUGGUGGAGGUCAGCGCUCCGGCUUGGCUCCAUCGCUUCAUCAUCGGCAAGAAAGGACAGAACAUCGGGCGGAUCACGCAGCAGUUGCCGCGGGUUCACAUCGAGUUCACAGACGGUGAGGAGCGAAUCAGUCUGGAGGGUCCGACGGAGGAGGUGGAGCUAGCUCAGACCCAGAUACAGGAGAUCAUCAAGGACCUGCUGGUGAGGAUGGACUACACUGAAGUCAACAUCGAUCAGCGUUUCCACAGACACCUCAUUGGGAAGAACGGAGCCAACAUCAAUCGGAUCAAGGAGCAGUACAAAGUGUCGGUGAGAAUCCCACAGGACUCUGAGAGGAGCAACCUGGUCCGCAUCGAAGGAGACCCUAAAGGAGUGCAAAUGGCACGCAGAGAGCUCAUCGAGAUGGUUCAGCGAAUGGAAAACGAGCGCACCAAAGACCUGAUAGUAGAGCAGAAGUUCCAUCGGACGAUCAUCGGCCAGAAGGGGGAGAAGAUCAAGGAAGUCCGAGAUAAGUUUCCUGAGGUCAUUAUUACGUUUCCCGACCCGUCGCAGAAAAGCGACAUCGUCCAGCUGAGAGGGCCGAAGAACGAGGUGGAGAAAUGUGCAAAGUUCCUGCAGAAGAUCAUCGCAGACCUGAUCGAGAACAGCUUCUCGCUUUCCGUCCCCAUCUUCAAACAGUUCCACAAAAACAUCAUCGGAAAGGGCGGCGCCAACAUCAAAAAGAUCCGUGAGGAAACCAACACUAAGAUCGACCUGCCGACGGAGAACAGCAACUCUGAGACCAUCGUCAUCACGGGGAAGAAGAACAACUGUGAAGCCGCCAGAGAUCGGAUCCUCGCCAUCCAGAGAGACCUGGCCAACAUUAAGGAGACAGAAGUCGCCAUCCCAGCCAAGCUGCACAACUCUCUGAUUGGCUCCAAAGGCUGCCUGGUGCGCUCCAUCAUGGAGGACUGCGGAGGCGUCCACAUCCACUUCCCCUCUGAGGGCUCCGGCUCAGACAAGGUCACCAUCAGGGGCCCCGCCGGCGAGGUGGAGAAGGCCAAGAAACAGCUGCUGCAGCUGGCGGAAGAGAAGCAAGUCAACAACUUCACCGUGGAGCUGCAGGCUAAACCCGAGUACCACAAGUUCCUGAUCGGACGAGGCGGGGCCAACAUCCGCCGCGUCAGGGACAGGACGGGGGCCCGCAUCAUCUUCCCGUCACCGGACGACACGGAGCAGGAACUGAUCACCAUCGUGGGGAAGGAGGAAGCUGUUCGCCAGGCCCAGAAAGAGCUGGAAAUCCUGGUCAAAAACCUGGAUGACGUGGUGGAGGACAGCAUGGAGGUGGACGUUCGCCACCAUCGCCACUUCGUGUGUCGCAGAGGUCAAGUCCUGCGGGAGCUGGCGGAGGAAUACGGCGGCGUGGCCGUGAGCUUCCCUCGCACCGGAUCCAGCAGCCAGAAGGUCACUCUGAAGGGAGCGAAGGACUGCGUGGAGGCAGCGAAGAAACGCAUUCAGGAGAUCAUCGAAGACCUGGAGUCGCAGGUGAAUGUGGAGGUGGCCGUCCCUCAGCGGCACCACCGCGCCAUCAUGGGGCCCAAAGGCAGCCGCAUCCAGAACAUCACCAGGGAGCACGAGGUCCAAAUCAAGUUCCCCGAGAGAGACGACAGUGCUGCAGGUCAGGACGCGUCGCCGCAGGAGAACGGUGACGUCAGCCCAGAGGCGGAGUUCGUCCCUCGCAAGUGUGACAUCAUCACAAUCUCUGGGCGGGUGGAGAAGUGUGAGCUGGCCAGGGCGGCCCUGCUGGCACUGGUUCCCAUAACGGAGGACAUCGAAGUGUCUUACGAUCUGCACCGCUACAUCAUCGGCCAGAAGGGCAGCGGAAUCAGGAAGCUGAUGGAGGAGUACGAGGUGAACAUCUGGGUGCCGCAGCCUGAGAGACAGCUGGAUGUGAUCAGGGUGACGGGUCUGGCAGCCAAUGUGGAGCGGGCCAAGCUGGGCCUCCUGGAGCGCGUCAAAGAGCUUCAAGCCGAGCAGGAGGACCGGGCUCUGCGCAGUUUCAAAGUCACCGUGUCUGUAGAUCCAAAGUUUCAUCCCAAGAUCAUCGGCCGGAAGGGCGCGGUCAUCUCCCAGAUCAGGAAGGACCACGACGUCAGCAUCCAGUUCCCCGACAAAGGAGACGACCAGCAGGAUCUGAUCGUCAUCUGCGGCUACGAGCGGAACGUGGAGGAGGCCCGUCAGGCCAUCCAGCAGCUGGUGUCCGAGCUGCAGGAGAUGGUGAGCCAGGAUGUCCACCUGGACCCGAGGACUCACGCUCGCAUCAUCGGCGCCCGGGGCAAAGCCAUCCGCAAGCUGAUGGAGGAGUUCAAGGUGGACAUCCGGUUCCCGCAGCCCGGCUCCGAUGAGCCCGACAAGGUGACGGUCACGGGCCUUCCCGACACGGUGGACGCAGCCAUAGAUCACCUGCUCAACCUGGAGGAGGAUUACCUCCUCAGCGUGACGGAGACGGAGACCUUGGCGGCAUACAUGAAGCCUCCGUCUCGCCACGGAGGGGGAGGCGGAGCAGGAGGGCUGGAUGACAGCAGUGGGGGUCCGGCUAAAGGCUUCGUGGUGCGGGACGCCCCCUGGAACGCAGCAGGGAACAAGGCUCCUGACAUGAGCAGCGCCGAGGAUUUCCCAACGUUCGGCACCGGCGUGGCCCCGAAGCAAACGUCCGCCUGGGGCCCCAAGAAGUUCUGAAGGAAAACGACGACUAAACUUGUGUACAGUGAAGUACGAGACGAAACUAAUCUCAAGUCAACUUGCUGCUCGCCUUCCCCCUUUUACUCCUCGUCUCGCUAGUGUCCCUCUGCUCCCGCCGGUCUCCCACACCAGCCAAAGUGAAUUCUGGGAGAUUGAGUCUUAUCUGUCUCUCUUAAUGUAGUUCAUUCCACUCUUCCUUCCUUGAAGACAGGAAGGGGCAAAAUGCUCUCGUCAUAAUUUUGCUACCCCGCUCUGCUUCACCCUGAAACGUUUCACAGACUGUCGUCUUCUUCUCCCCCUGAGACUGCCAAACGCCCGCUGUCCUCCCCCGUCCCCCGACUAAAGUCCCUUCGCUGCAGUCCAGCACAGACAGCAAGUACCCUCACGCUUCCUGAGCAGGACCUAUUUCAGGAAGUGGAGCGGUUUGUCCUGUUACAACAGCUAAAUCUUGGGACUUUUCAGUCUAAAAAAUAAAGUAACUGAGAGUCCGUUUUUUAGCGUGAAAACAGUUUUUAACUAAAAACAACGUUUUAUGGGAUUUUUUCCCCCUUAUGGUCUCUCUCUCUGUGCGGUGCAGCAGGUGAGGCGUUGAGGUCUGCGCUUGUUCUGGUGAUCAGAUUUUCUCGUCAGAAAUCAACAAUCACAAAUUGGAGUUUGGUAAAGUCCAUGUGACUUUAAUUCAAUUUAAAAAAACGUGACAAAAUGUUACACGUAUUUUUCAUCAAUUCGCCCUUUAGCAUUACAAAAGAAACACCGCCCCCUAGAGUCACUUUUUGAUGGUUGCAGCCAGUCUUUUUUUGCUUUCUGUUUGCCCACGAUUUUAUUUUUUAUCAUAUUUAAUAUGAAAACAGACGUACAUUUCUGUUCUAAUCACAAAAACAAAAAAACGGGUUAAAUUUUACUGAAUAACAUUUUGUUUUUGUUUGGUCAGAAUAUUUUAAACUUGGAUGUUUGGUUUCUUCUAGUUACUGGUGAUUAUUUAAAAUACAAAAACAAAAUUAAGCCAUACUUAAAUUUCUACUCAUCUCAUAUUGCCACAAAAAAGAAAAUAAAAACGUAUUAUUUAUUAAAAGAAAGCUGUAUUGUUGUGGUCAAAAGUGGUUAAACAGAAAUUUUAACUUGGUCUGAUUUUCAAAAAAUUUCUCCACUUUAAAAUUGUGAGAAUAUGAAAAACUUUUAAUUUCCAUUGCUUGUCUUUACCACUGAUUUAUUAUUUUUUUAUUAUUUUAAAUAUGAAAACUUAAGAAGAAAAACAAAUCCACUCGCCUGUUUCAACAGAAAAAUAGGUAUUUUCUAAAAAUGCAAGUUUUUUUUUUUUUUUGUUGCUAUAAAAUUAUUACAAAGAGGAAUUAAAUAUAAUUUUUAAAGCUCUGGUCUUUAAAUACUGUGAUUUUAAGUUAUCCUGAACAAUCAGCCAUCAAAGUGAGAAAACAGACAAAUUUUUGUUACUAUUUCCUGUUGGUUCUUAUUAUAAUUACUGAAAGAAAUUCCAAACCAAAACCUCUCUGCUAAUCUGGUUUUUUUUUGUUUGUUUUUACAAAAUUAAAAACUGUUAGGAUUUGUUCAAAUACUUAAAAAAAAAAUAUAUAUAUAUAUAUAUAUAUGGCUAAGGCGAAACUCUAAUUUUAGAAAACAUUAAAUCAGUGGCAAACAGGAACAAAAAAAAUUUACCCAUUGUUAUUACAUAUAAUUCUUUAGGGUUUUAUCAACCAAAUUAGGGAAAGAAAAUUACUCCAGAUUUUAAAUUCUCCUUUUCAAAAUGUUAUAUUAGGAAAAGGUAGUGAGAUAACAGAUGUCUUUGCGUUUGCUGAAUUCUGACAUUAGCAUCCGGCCACCAGAUGGCGCUGUCAGCUCUGUGUUUGUUUCAAGUUUGGGAGAUUUUUCACCCAGUCCCGUUGUGUUGAUUCUGUUUUAUUUCUCUGUAUUUAUUUUCAUGUAGGACUAAAAACCGCUGCUGUUCUCCUUUGUUUUCGAACUGUGUUGACUCAAAGUCCUGUAAACAAAGGCUGUUUUGUUUAUUUAUUUGAAAAAAGGAGCCAUUUUAUUUGAACUACUGUGAUCAUCUGUUUUUUUAUAUCUAUAUAUAGAUAUAAAAAAGGAGGGGGGAAAAAAGCACUCACUGUAGCUUGCAACCUCACGUCUGUGAGCGGAUCUUGUGCGUCAGGGUUCGGGAACAUAUUACCAGUUGUUGUGUCCAAGUGUACAAAGAUCUUUUCGCUAUUUUUUUAAAACUGUGUGGACUUUUUCUUUUUGUUGUUGGUUUCUGGGAUAUCUGAAGGACUGUAUGUUUGUGUGAGUGGAAGUUAAGGUGCACAGUUGAAUGAAGCUGAACCAAACAUUUUACUUUUCUUUUUGUUUAUGUUGGGAACUGUCCUCAAAGCUUAUUUAAAGGUUUUUAACCCUCGGCUGUUCAGUCAAACUUGCUGCAUAGCUCUGAUUUUACCCCCUAAAUGGUGGGAAAAACACUUUUUUUUUUUUAUCCUAUGAGCUUGAUAAUAAUUUUUAACAAAACGAUUUAAAUUGCCCCUCUUCCUUUUCUGGUUUAGAAAUGUUACUCGUGGUCCCGUUGACCAAAUACGUUUGAGUAAGUUUAUCUAAAGCUGCUUUCUGACUGGAAAUUUUAAAGGAAAACCUGAACGAUUUGGAGUCUGUGAGAAUUAGAUGGGAGGAUCAAUCAAAGGAGCAGGGGCUAGCCUGGUGAGCUAAAGCUGCUGCAUCUGAAUUCAGGUUUUAUAAAAUUUGAAGAAAAGUGCAUUCAAUGAAGCAUCAUGGCCUGCCACGCAUAUAAGAUACAUGUCUCGUGUAGUGCAUGUAUAUUGGGAUGAAAGGUGUGAAAAUUACAUUCUCUGAUUCUUUCAUCUUGGGCUGAAAGUUAGAAACUUUACACUCCAUUAUCUAACAUGCAGUCAAACAGUUAUUAGAUAAAUUACUUAUAAAAUAAGGCCGGCUUCCCUCGCCUGUGAGUCAAUUCAACCGUUCAGCAUGCCGAUGUGAGUCAAUCUUCUCAUUCAGUUUGAACGUCUCUAAUUUGUUUCCCACAACCUAAAUUAGUGGGAAAGAGAGGUCAGAGUAAACAGCUCUGUUAGGAAAUGCCAAAACUCAGGGUCCAAUUUAAGAAAAAAAUAAAAAUAAAUCCAAGCUGGAGCAAAAAAAAAAACAUGAGUCCAUUAUGUUAGAGCCCUCUAUGCAAUCCAGCAAAACAAAUGAGCAGAUUCGUCAGCGCAAACAGUCGUGUGUCAGUUACUUAAAUGUCGUCCAAGUCUGCUUCUUUUCUUAUUUAAAUAAAAUUUAUGUUGGUCUGUAUGUCAAAUAGGACAGAGCUGCCACUACUUCUGUAAAAAGCUAUGAAAGAAACCCCACUAUUGGCCUUCAGAGGAGUCAUUUUAGUCCACAACAUUUUGGACGAGUUGUGAUGGAGUGCAACACUGCCAUAACCUGUCAGUGACCAGACUUUUUUUUUUUCAUACUUUAAAUAAAAUCUAAAAGAAACGCACACAAAAUGCCCCCAGCAGGUUUUUUUUCCUUUUCUUUUUUUUUUUUUUAGCCCAUUCCUCACAAACCAACACAUUAACCAUGCUUUGAAGCAUACCCUUUGUCAGGUCAUUUAUUUAUUUUUUUAUUAUAUAAAUCAUGAAGAUAUUUGUUAUGUAACAGCCUGUACAACACAACAUACCGGAAACAAAACAAAAAUACAAAUUAAAGUGUACAGAGCAGCACAGGGCUGUAAAGAACCCAUGUAGUAAUAACAUUUUUUCACAUUUUCUUUUUUUAAUUUAAAUUUUUUUUUUCCUCCCUCAUCAAUGAGAAGAUGGCCGAGCUUCUCUGACUGUACUUUUAGUGUUUGACGCCUUCUGCUAUAAACCUUUUAUUUUCUAUGGAUGCAAAUUGGCAACAACAA